AUGUCUGAUGUGGAAGCUCUUAUUGCUGAUCUAACAAAUGAGCAGAUCUCGAACAGAAUUUCAAUCUUCGAAAGUAACAUUAGGGCCUUAAAGAGAGACAGUCAACGAUUCCAACAAGAGUCCAACAAGAUCAAGAACCAAAUCAGCGAAAACAAAGAAAAGAUCAAGCUGAAUAAGCAACUCCCAUACUUGAUCAGCAAUGUCGUAGAAAUCCUCGACAUCCAGGAAGAAGAUGACACUGAAGUCCACAAUCCAAGCUCCCAAAAGGCAGUCUGCAUAAAAACAAGCACCCGACAAACUGUAUUCCUCCCAGUGCCUGGGCUUGUUGAUGUAAACACCUUGAAGCCUGGCGAUUUGAUAGGCGUCAACAAAGACUCAUACCUGAUCCUUGACACUCUCCCAGCUGAGUACGAUUCGCGCGUCAAGGCUAUGGAACUUGACGAAAGACCUACAGAAGAGUAUGGCGAUAUUGGCGGGCUUGAUAAACAGAUUGAAGAGCUCAUCGAAGCAAUCGUGCUGCCAAUGACCCACAAAGAAAGGUUUGACAAUAUUGGAAUCAGACCUCCUAAAGGUGUUCUCUUGCACGGGCCACCUGGAACUGGCAAAACUCUUAUGGCAAGAGCUUGUGCUGCUCAAACCAAAGCGACCUUUUUGAAACUUGCAGGUCCUCAACUUGUCCAGAUGUUUAUCGGAGAUGGAGCAAAAAUGAUAAGAGAUGCCUUUGCACUAGCCAAGGAAAAGGCUCCUACAAUUAUUUUUAUUGAUGAACUUGAUGCAGUUGGAGCUCGUCGUCAUGACGCAGAUUCUGGCGGUGGCAGAGAAGUCCAAAGAACUAUGCUGGAGUUGCUAAGUCAACUUGACGGGUUUAGCAGUGAUGAUAGGAUUAAAAUCAUCGCAGCGACGAAUAGGCCUGACAUUCUAGACCCUGCUUUAUUAAGAUCUGGAAGGCUGGACAGGAAAAUUGAGUUCCCUCAUCCAAAUCUUGAAGCAAGAAUCAGAAUAUUGCAAAUCCAUAGCAGAAAGAUGAAUUACAAUAAAGAAGAUGUGAACUUCGAAGAAUUGUCAAGAAGCACUGACGAUUUCAACGGAGCCAUGCUCAAAGCUGUGUGUGUAGAAGCAGGUAUGCUUGCACUGAAAAGAGGUGCGGAGCAGAUUAUGCAUGAAGAUUACGUAGAAGGGAUUAACCAAGUUAUGGCGAAGAAGAAAAGUAAUUAUAUCUAUUUUACCUAA